UCGAUAAACAACACUGUGAUUGUGACGAACGUCGAAGAUUUUCGACAAUUUUGUUAACAAAUAGUUACAAAAUUUGGAUUAAAAACACACACAUAAAAUGCUGAACGCAGUGUCGCGUCCCUUUGUGCGGGCCACCAGCCAAGUGGUGAAGGCAACCGCUGUUGCCACUCGCCAAGCACAUACGGAUCUGCAAGUGCCCGAUUUCUCGGCCUACCGUCGGGAUUCGGUCAAGGAUGAACGUCGUCGCAAUACCACCUCGGAGGAGCGCAAAGCCUUCUCCUAUCUGCUGGUUGGAGCCGGUGCCGUGGGCAGUGCUUAUGCCGCCAAGGGUCUAGUAAACGCCUUCGUUGGCUCAAUGAGCGCUUCGGCUGAUGUCUUGGCCAUGGCCAAGAUUGAGAUCAAGUUGUCGGACAUUGCCGAAGGCAAGUCCGUUACCUUCAAAUGGCGUGGCAAGCCGCUCUUCAUUCGCCACCGCACCGCCGCCGAAAUCGACUCGGAAAGAAAUGUGCCCACAUCGACUCUGCGUGAUCCCGAAACAGAUGAUCAACGUGUGAUAAAACCCGAAUGGCUGGUGGUCAUUGGAGUCUGCACGCAUUUGGGUUGUGUGCCAAUUGCGAAUGCUGGUGACUUUGGAGGCUAUUAUUGUCCAUGCCAUGGCUCCCAUUAUGAUGCAUCAGGACGUAUUCGUAAGGGACCGGCACCUCUGAAUCUGGAAGUGCCUACCCAUGAGUUCCCUGAUGAGGGCACCCUAGUUGUUGGUUAGAUUGAAUUGAGUUCACUAAAUUGAGUUAUCCAUAAACCCGCAAAAUACACAAAAUAAAAUGUUGUUGGAAAUGGCAAAAGAAAA